CUCCAUUGGUCGGCCAAGUUAUCUUUGAAAUUAAAAUCCUCCGUUGGUGUUUUGACAAUCAGAAUAAAAUUUUCCAAGAUCACAAAAUGCCAAACAAAGACGAUGCAAAUGCCAAGGAUGCUGGUGAAAGGGACGAGGACGUAGUGUUAUCUCGAGAUGCCUCGGCCCAGACAACAGAGGACAUUCUGGCUGCAGCAGUUACGGGCUUGAAGGUAAAUAGCUCUGCUGAUUCAAAUCCGAACUUGCGCUCUAAGCAAGUGUUGGAGCACAUGUUAAAGGAGCUUCAAGCUACAUCCGGUAAGCUUCGCAGCAGCUCAAGCAAAUUCGCCUUCUGGUCUACACAGCCAGUUCCAGACUUGGACGAGAAGGUGGAAGCCAAUGAGUGCAUCGAGCCAAACAAGGAUAUUAAUGACAUUCAAGCUGAACCUUAUGCCCUGCCCAGUGCUUUCGCAUGGAACAUAGUGGACGUGGACGAUGCAGAAGAACUGAAGGACUUGUACACCCUGCUGCAAGAGAAUUAUGUGGAGGAUGGGGAUGCCAUGUUUCGCUUUCACUAUCAACCUGAAUUUCUGAAAUGGGCUUUGCAAUCUCCUGGUUGGAAACGCGACUGGCAUGUAGGUGUGCGCGUGGUUAAAUCUGGAAAGCUGGUCGGUUUCAUUUCGGCCAACCCCGGCAAGUUGCGCGUCUACGACCAAACUAUUCCGAUCGUAGAUGUAAACUUUUUAUGCGUCCAUAAGAAGCUGCGCCACAAGCGACUCGCUCCGGUGCUGAUACGUGAAAUAACGCGCCGCGUCAAUCUGGCUGGCAUAUUCCAGGCAGUAUACACCGCUGGCGUCUUAUUACCGAAGCCUGUGGCUACAUGCCGCUACUGGCAUCGCUCCCUAAAUCCCAAGAAACUGAUCGAUGUGGGUUUCUCGCAUCUGACCCGUCACAUGAAAAUGCAGACCACUGUGAAGUUGUACAAGCUGCCCGAGCAACCUCAGACCAAAGGUUAUCGUCGCAUUCUGCCACAGGACAUGGCUAAAGCACACAAGCUGCUCGAGGAGUUUCUAAAGAAGUUCUCAUUGUGUCCAGUAUUCAAUGAGGAAGAGUUUAUUCACUGGUUCACUCCGCUUGAUGGUGUCGUCGAUUGCUACGUUGUUGUCGAUGAAGAGGACAACCUCACAGACAUGGUCAGUUACUACUGUCUUCCGUCCUCCAUAAUGCAUCAUUCCGUCCACAAGACUUUGAAUGCCGCCUAUUCGUUCUACAAUGUCUCCACCAAGACACCCGUACUGCAACUUGUCACCGAUGCUCUCAUAUCAGCACGCAAUGCAAAAAUGGACGUCUACAAUGCCCUUGAGUUGAUGGAUAACAAGGAGUUUCUGACGCCCUUAAAGUUCGGCAUUGGCGAUGGCAAUUUACACUACUAUAUGUUCAAUUGGCGUUGUCCAACCAUGAAAUCUGAAGAUGUUGCUCUAAUCCUCAUGUAGACACGUACCGACACCACUCACCGUUACAAUUUGUGCGAAAUAAAAAGCUGCAGUAUUCUAUUUCAAA